AUGAAGCUGGACUGCACAGGCUCAUCAGAGACAACACAUCUGCCAGAACUGAAUUUUCUUUCUACCUCCAGUGUGAAGACUCCUGCCAAGGAACCUCCAAAGAGCAACCCAAGCAAGCGCCACCGCGAACGCCUCAACGGUGAGCUCGACCAUCUCGCCUCCCUGCUUCCAUUCGAGCAGAGCGUCAUCUCGAAGCUCGACAAGCUCUCCAUUCUCCGCCUUGGAGUCAGCUAUCUGAGGGCGAAGAGCUACUUUCAAGGUAGGAAGGCGGUGCUUCCAGUGGGUCGCUAUAGCCUGGAUGGGCACCACCUGCUGGGGCGAAGUCACCUCUUCUCAGACCCGGGCUUCUCGGAAGGGGAAAGCAUACUUCAGGCACUGUACGGGUUUCUUUUUGUUGUCACGUGUGAUAGCGAAGUGUUCUAUGCCUCCCGAACCGUCGAACAGUACCUUGGAUUCCAUCAGUCGGACAUCAUCCACCAGAGCGUGAUGGAGCUGAUACACUCAGAGGAUCGCGAUGAGUUCAAGCGUCAGCUCACCUGGAACUCCAUGCUUCCCGCUGACAAGGCGACCUUGACCCUUCAUGAGGUCAUGAUGCCAGAGAACUACCACUACUUACAUCGGUCCUUCACUGUUCGUUUCCGUUGUCUCCUUGACAACACCUCUGGCUUCAUCACCCUGGAAAUCAGCGGCUGGAUCCGAGUCAUGCACGGCCAGCCCAAUCACAGCGAUGAGCCUCAGCUGGCCCUGUUUGCAACUUGCUGCCCCUUUGGGCCCCUCUCACUCAUGGACCUGCCCUCAAGGGAGCUAACCUUCAAGUCAAAGCACAAGAUGGACUUCGCUCCCUUGUCAAUGGACAACAGGGGCCGCAUGAUGUUUGGUUACGGGGACCGUGACCUCGCAAUGCUGUCUGGGUAUGACCUCAUUCAUCCGGACGAUCUCAACUACUUCGCUGCAGCGCACGGGGAAUUGAUCAAGACUGGCAGUGCAGGGCUGAUUGCCUACCGAUGGCUGACGAAGGACUACCAGUGGUUGUGGCUGCAGUCAAGCUGCAAGGUCAUCUACAAGAAUAGCAAGCCUGACUUCGUCAUAGCAACGCAUCGACAACUCACGGAGGAUGAGGGUCAAGAUCUGUUCCAUAAACGUGGCAACGAGUUCAAACUGCCCUACCCUCUGCUAGACCUUGACAUGUGCACAGGCUUCGAUUUUCCUAGUGAGGACCUCGUACCCAAAAUGAAGGGAAACCGAAACAAAAAGCAGAAGACACAAGUCAGAGACUUUCUCCAGAAUAAUAAGAAAAGAAAGCCUGGCAAAGACGGUGUAAACGGUAUCUAUGGUGCUUACCCAGCAUUGAAUGGGUAUGACGCUAGUGAAUAUAAACCAGAAUUUCUGUAUCAUUAUCCCGGAAACAAUAUACCUGGGUUGGAGUCAGAUUUAUUAUAUAAUCGUGCCCCGGGUUAUAGUGCUCUAGGAAGUUCUGUGUAUCCAGCAACGGACCCAUACCGUCUGGACGUUGAAAAACAUGGAUACGCCAAUGGAUAUUAUCUGGAUCGACAGUACCAGCACACCUUAUCGUAUCAUAGCAACAGUUACGCCGAUCUCGUGUCUCAAGGUUCUAAGUACGCAGGCUACAGUCUCGAUACUUACAGUCUGGAUUUAGCCAAAAAAGUUCACUACAAUGACGAUUUGAGUAGACUGGAUAAUGAGUACAAAAAAUAUGGCUACGAUUAUAGAUCAGACUGGUUUAGUCAACGUUUGAAUGGCGGGAUGGAACCAGUCGACUUGCGGUCGUCUGCAAUGUAUGGUGGUGCUUUGGACCCUUGCACUGGUUCUGCAGCGGCCCUAAAUUCAAACCAGUUGUUUAAAACAGAUUCUUGCCAGAGUUAUGUGGUAAAAGACUCCAAUAAGGGAAUGAACUCGCCAGAAGUGUUGCAGAACAUAAAUGGUACCAGUCUGCCAUCAGUGAAUCACAGCUCUGUGAUUAAAAAUAUGUCUAGUCCCCGAGCUUCAGGUCAGAAUCGUUGCUCUAGUGUCGAAAACUUGAACAGUCCAAACACGAAUAACUAUCAGCAUCAUCAUCAGCAGCAGCAACAUCGCGGAAAUGUGAUUCAUAACAGUUCUUCAUGGGCACAGUGCUUAAAAUCAGGCCAGUCUUUGAACCCGAGCCCUAUUAGUAACUCACACUCGGAAAGUGGAAACAGUCCCAAGCUAGGAAUUGAGCUGGGAUUACGGGAUAUCAAUAGAAACCAUUUGAACGAUAAAAGAGACAUGAGUCAUUUAGGGGUGGAGAACACAAUGUCUGGAGGUGCUCAGACCUCGGUGAUACAUUCAGCUGCUUCAUACAAGAGCUUGACAGACAGGUCAUGUGACAAGCAACCCCUUGUUGGUGGUAUACCAGUUCCAGUUGUCAAGUCACCGUGGAUGCACCAAUUUCCCACUGCACACAACUCAUACCCAGAAUACAAAGACUCGUGGUCUGUGCCCAGCAAUGAUAUGUACGCCUACCAGCGGUCCACACUCUCUCAUGCACCAAAAAUAGCCAUUCCAUGAUGGACCAAUCAAAUCAGUAAAUGGUGAGGGAUCAAUGGUGCAAAACUAUCCAUUUUGUGCUGGACCAAUAUAUCAGUCCAUGCUGAGAAAUCCAUGCUGCAAAACUAGCCUUUUUGUGAUGGACCAAUAUGUCCACGCUGACCAUCCAUGCUGCAAAAUAAACCAUUUUGUGAUGGACCAAUCAAAUCAGUCCAUGGUGAGCAAUCCAUGCUGCAAACCAAGCCACAUUGUAAAGGACCAAUACAUCAAUCCAUGCUGAGCAAUGCAUGCUGCAAAAUUAGCCAUUUUGUGAUGGACCAAUCAAAUCAGUCCUUCAGGUGAGCAAUCCAUGCUGCAAACCAAGCCAUUUUGUGAUGGACCAAUACAUCAGUCCAUGCUGAGCAAUCCAUGCUGCAAAAUUAGCCAUUUUGUGAUGGAUCAAUCAAAUCAGUCCUUUAGGUGAGCAAUCCAUGCUGCAAACCAAGCCAUUUUGUGAUGGACCAAUACAUCAGUCCAUGCUGAGCAAUCCAUGCUGCAAAAGUAGCCAUUUUGUGAUGGACCAAUCAAAUCAGUCCUUCAGGUGAGCAAUCCAUGCUGCAAACCAAGCCAUUUUGUGAUGGACCAAUAAAUUAGUCUAUGCUGAGCAAUCCAUGCUGCAAACCAAGCCAUUUUGUGAUAAACCAAUACAUCAGUCCAUGCUGAGCAAUCCAUGCCUCAAAAAUAGCCAUUUUGUGAUGGACCAAUCAAAUCAGUCCUUCAGGUGAGCAAUCCAUGCUGCAAACCAAGCCAUUUUGUGAUGGACCAAUAAAUUAGUCUAUGCUGAGCAAUCCAUGCUGCAAACCAAGCUAUUUUAUGAUGGACCAAUACAUCAGUCCAUGCUGAGCAAUGCAUGCUGCAAAAUUAGCCAUUUUUUGAUGGACCAAUAAAUUAGUCUAUGCUGAGCAAUCCAUGCUGCAAACCAAGCUAUUUUAUGAUGGACCAAUACAUCAGUCCAUGCUGAGCAAUCCAUGCUGCAAAAGGAUCCAUUUUAUGAUGGACAAAUUCAUCAGUCCAUGUUAAACAAUGUACAUUUGUAUAAUGCAAAAGUAGCCAUUUUGUGAUGGACAAAUUCAUCAGUCCAUGUUGAACAAUCCAUACUGCAAAAGUAGCCAUUUUGUGAUGGACCAAUACAUCAGUCCAUGUUGAACAAUCCAUGCUGCAAAAGUAGCCAUUUUGUGAUGGACAAAUUCAUCAGUCAAUGCUCUAAUCAAUGAUAUGUACACCUACCAGUGGGCCACACUCGAAAUUUAGCCAUUUGAAUAGGGACUGAUAUGAGUCCAUGCUGAGCAAUUUAAUGUUUGAAUAUUAGUGGUCCAUGCUCCUAAAUUAGCCAUUUGUUGAUGGACUUGCAUCACUUCAUGGGUAGAAAUGAUAUGUAUGAUUAUCAGUGGUCCAUUCACCACAAAUACUGGUAGCCAGUCCCUGAUGAACUGCUAUCAGUCCGUACUGAGCAGUGAUAUGCAUAACAAGCAGUGGUCCAUGCUCCAAAAUUAGCCAUUUGAAUAGGGACUGAUAUGAGUCCAUGCUGAGCAAUUGAAUGUAUGAACAUUAGUGGUCCAUGCUCCAAAAUUUGUCAUUUUUUGACAGACUGUUAUCAGUCCAUGCUGAACAUUGAUGAUAAACGAAAAGCCAUCCUUGAUGGUCUCAGAUAUCCGUUCAUGCCAAACAUUUUAUUAAUGACUACCUUUAGUGGCCAUUCUUUGACUCACUCAGAACAGUUUGACAGUAUGUGCUGAGCAGUGAUAUAUAUGCCUACAGAUAUAAAUACAAGCAUGUAAGAAUAAAAAUAAUGUCUCACUAUCUUUAUUUGUCAGUCAAAAACCAAAUUAUUCUGAUGUUGUGAUAUUAAAAACUUAUGCCUUCCUGCAAUAUUGAACUGCAUGGAAUUCUAAUAAGGAUUUUGCAAACUAAUAAGGUGAAACAACUCUUUUCAACAAAACACUGUAAAAACAUUGAACUGUCCAGAUUAUUCAGCAAAAAGUUGAUUUUCUUGUUGACAUCCAUUUGGCAUUAUUUUAAUGAACAAAGGAUUUCACAUGCUUUGUCAUGUAAUUUUCUCAGGCCGUGUCUGCAUAUGUUCUUGUUUUUACUUGAAUCAAUCCAUUUGUUAAUAUGUUCUGUUGUUGUUGGUGUUAAAUUGAUAAUGUUCUAACAAGGAAUAUGCCAACAUCCAUAGAGUGGAACUCUUGCCGUAGAUUUAAUCAUGUGAUACUGCCAUUUUAUUCAAUGGCAAAAAUUACAAAGCAAAUAACUUCCUUUUAAUGAGACACAAAAAUUAUGUACAAUGUCAUCUGCAAUGUAUAAUAGGUAAUUACUUGCAAUGACUAUUUGUAUCCAUGUUAACAAUCAGAUUUUGUUCAUUAAUUGAUAUUUAAUGAUACAUAUUAUACUGUAUAUAACAAUAUUGGUAGACAAAUAUGCCGGCACUUGUUAAAGUUGAUCAGUUUUGUUCUGUAUCUUUUGUGUGUAAGAGAUUUCUAUGAUACAAGUGCAAUAUUCUAAAUGCCAUGUUAUUAAUAUUUUGAAAUUAACAAAAUAUUGUUGAAUAUUAUCUUAUUUGUGGCCAUGUAUGUAACUAACUAUAUAUGUUUUCAAUAUUGUUUAUAUGUAUGUGCUUAUAGAAUAAGAUGUUGGUCUUGCAUAAAAUAUAUGAGUACCACUCUAGGACAACUGCACUUCAUGUAUGUGCAUGAAGUAUAGUACCACAUUAGACUGUUCAGUCCCCACUGGGUAAUCAAGGAAGACACUUUACGUUUUUAUCGAAUGUUUGCUUUAAACAGGGAUCUAUUGGUUCCUGCUUUUAAGAUUUUUUUUUAAAGAUAAUCCAGUCAAUGUGGAACUUUUGUCCCAAAUUAGUCUGUGUCUGCAGACACUUUAUUCCUAGAGCACUGCUCACAUGCACAAUUAUUAUUGGCAAGCUCAUGACAUUUCAGCUAGAAAUCGUAAGGGCUGCCAUCUUUUUGUAUUAAUUGGCCACCUAUUUAAAGGGUUAAAAUAACUGAAAAAUUAUUUCAGACAGACAAAUAACGAAUUUUUUAAACAAAAUAUAUGUUUACUUUCUUACUAUCUUGCAAUAAAAAGUAAUUUUCCGUUCAAACACAAACAUAUGACUUUUGUUGCUCUACCAUUCGUGUUCUAAGUGAAUAUCUUGUGCUAAAUUUUAAAUAGUGAUACAAUUUCAAGAAAUGAAUCAGGAGAAAUGACUUGCAUAUGAAGAGAAAAUAUGGUAAGAUUAUCAGAAAUGUGAAAAGGAACAAGAAAGAACACCUUUUAUUUGCAUUUUAAUCUUUGAUGACCAUUCUUUAUUCUUGAUUUUUUUUCUUUCAACGCUGAUGCCAAUACACAAACUUAAUUACCAUCAGUUUCUUACUAAUGGUAAAUUACAGUUUAUUAAUUUAACUAUUGUGCAUGUAUGUUCCUUUCUGUAACUUCUUAUUGAAUUGCAAGACGAUGUUUUAUACAACACCUAGAUCAUGUUGUUAUAUUUCCAAUAUAUGUCAUUCCGAACUAAAUUGCGGAUGAAAAAGCUAAAAUAAACGCAUAUGGAUGUUUGCCCGUUUUGUUGCUUAAGUGGCUUCUAUAACAUAGCAAUGUUGUCCAAAUGACAGCUGUGUCGCACACCAUGUUCCUUUGACCUAACAA